AGUCAGAUGCAGAGCUGUCGCCACACUCUGUGACAGGUCAUUGCUGUAAGCUGUUAUGAACAUGAUACUUUUGUAGUAGCGGACUCGGCUGCUGCCACCAUGGGUCAUUAUCUCUUUAAACACACUUGAUGCCCUCACAGCAGGCCAGCUACAACUCCCACAGGCUGGAGGAUGGGGAAUAUAAUGCGAGGUGAGAGUGCCAAGGAGACGAUCAACACAGACAGCUCUUUAAAAGGUCCGGAGGACGACAUGGUAGUGGUGCUUCAGGAUUACCCGUCGCCGGACAUCAGCGAGCCGAUCUACAGGAUGGGGGAGAAGCUCAGACUCAUAGCUCAGGAGGCUUACUGGUGGAGAGUACGCUCCAUCCAAACACAAAAGGAGAACUACAUACCCAACAGCCAUGUGGCAAAAGUGUACCAUGGUUGGCUGUUUGAGGGGGUGGAGAGGCAGAAGGCCGAAGAGCUGCUCAGUUUACCCGGGAACAGAGUGGGCUCCUUCCUGGUGAGGGAGAGCACCAGGGAGAGAGGUCUGUACUCGCUCUCAGUGAAGCACAGGAGUGUAAAGCACUAUCGUAUCUUAAGACUGGACAACAGCUGGUACUACAUCUCCCCUCGCCUCACUUUCCAGUGCCUAGAAGAUAUGAUCAACCACUACUGUGACGCUUCAGAUGGCCUCUGUUGUGCUUUAACCUCCCCCUGUCAGUCGAGCACGACCCCCCCGCCUGACGCAGCCCAUGCAGCUCCACCUGUAGUGAUGAGACGCAACUUUGACUGGAAGAAAAUAGACAGCAAGCAGCUGGUGAGCACAGAGAGCUGCGGCGAAAACAUGGUGAGCUAUGGAGUCAGGAACAGCAUCGCUGCCUACCUGUCCUUUUCUGGGAAUCGAGACCCUGCACAGAUGAGACCCGCCAGCAGGAAGAAAAAGAGUAAAUCUAUGUAUGCUCUCCCUGAGAACGGCCACGGAACCAUUGACUAUGAGGACCUCUAGAGACAGCAGCGGGGUUCAAAGACUGAAAUACCUUCAGGUUGAAGGCAGUAGAGGGCAUCCUUCUCAGCAGCAUCCCAAACCUCGAAGUGUGCUAUAGCUUCUAAUGUGAGCACUUGAAGUACUUUAACAAUAACGCAAAUUGCAUGAGCGCUUACACUUUGACUCACCUAAUAAGAUGGAACUUUAUGGAGUUGAACUGGACGAUGGUGCAAUUGAACUGCGGUGUGUAUUCUGGACGAGUCAUGAUCACAAACAGCCGGCAUUAGGAGAGCGAAGAACAAUGUUAUGGGUAUUGUUUGGUAAUUAUAUUAUUAAUAUUUGUGUGUGUAUAUGAGUAUUUGUGGCUUUCAAACUAUUCCCAGUGUUCUUAAUAAAUGUGAUAUGGUUAAAAAGCAA